AUGCCUCUCCCAGCGCCCAGGGUGGCGUUCGUCACUGGCUGUAAUGGGAUCAGCGGCAAUGCCAUCGUCGAGUACCUUGUUCGCCAACCCAAGGAAGAGUGGUCACGUAUCGUGGUGUCUUCUCGAAGUCCGUCAAGACAUUACUGGCAAGACCCUCGGGUGGAAUUUGUGGCCAUCGACUUUCUGGAUCCGGUCGAUACCAUCAUCGCAAAGAUCCAACCCAUCUGCAACACCGUCACGCAUGCCUACUUCACCUCCUAUGUCCACACGGAUGACUUUGCAAGAUUGAGAGACCUGAACGUUCCUCUUUUUGAGAACUUCUUGACCGCAAUCGACACGGUUGCCAGACACUCUCUGCAGCGGGUCUGUCUGCAGACUGGCGGCAAGCAUUAUGGUCCUCACUUGGGACCGGUCAACGCCCCACUGACCGAAGACCUCCCCCGAUACGAAGACGGUGGCUUGAACUUCUACUACAGUCAGGAAGAUUACAUGUUCGACCUGCACAAGCAGAGGAGUUGGUCAUGGAACGUCAUUCGCCCUAAUGGCAUUGUCGGCUUCACCCCAGGCAAAAAUGGAAUGUCGGAAUCCAUCACUCUUGCUCUCUACAUGCUCAUCUGCAAGGAGCUUGGCGAGACACCAAAGUUUCCCGGGAAUAAAUACUUCUACAACGCCGUCGACGAUAGCUCCUAUGCGGUGAGUCUGGCCGACAUGUCUGUGUGGGCGACGACGCACGACCACGCCAAGGACGAAGCGUUCAAUCACGUCAACGGCGAUACUAUUGUGUGGAGGUACUUCUUUAAGAAGGUUGGCGCCUACUUUGGCAUGGAUAUUCCCGACCAGACCGAAUGGCCGGAGCUGGGCGAAAAUCAAAAGAUGGCACACGGAUUCAGGAUGGCCGAGUGGGCGGCGGACAAGAAGCCGGUGUGGGACAGAAUUUGCGACAAAUACGGCGGCAAAAGAGAGGCCUUUGACUGGGGCACCUGGUUUUUCUUUGACUGGUCAGUCGGCAAGGCAUGGCCUACAUUGUCGUCGAUAACCAAGGCACGCAAGUACGGUUGGACUCGGUACGAUGACACGUACGAGACCUGGGUCGAGACUUUCCGAGCGUUCGAGAACGCUGGCGUCCUCCCCCAGAACAGCGUGCUUCUCGCCAAUGAGAGCUCGGGCAAGAUGGUGAACGGUGUCAAGGGGGAAUCAAACAAUGUGCGGACAAACAAGGCUGGUGUGGAGGCGGAGGCGCCAUCAUUGGUGGCGGCGUAA